UUUAUAUCGGUAGCUCUAAGUGUAGUGAUAUUUGGCGCAAAAAGCAAAAUGAGUGAAGUGUGUGCUUAUAAAUAUCUUAAGUUUCUUUAUUUUAUUAAUUUCAUCUUGCAGAAAACACUAGAAGUGGGAAAAUUACAAAAAUUCAGAAAGUAAAACUUAUGGAUUUAAUGAAAAACAACAAGAAGGUGGCAAUGGGAAAUUUUGGCGGUCCAAAUAGCGCCUCGCACAGCCGCAAUGUGUGGGAAGCCGUUGCUGUGGAGCUGAACGCAGCUGGAGGAGCUUGCAAAACAGCCAAGCAGUGGAAAAAGAGUUGGGCCGACUGGAAGUGCGCAGUAAAAAAACAGCAGGCAGAAAUUAAAAGGUUUCUAAACCGAACCGGCAAUUUGCCUGCGAGCGAAGGACCUGCACCGCUGGAAGAAAUUGACUCUGAAAUUCUACAGUUCUUCACGUCCGCAAUGGUGGAAGGAGAUGGCUGAACAAACAAGCUGGCUUUUCAGAAGUAAUAUGCUUGUGUCGAUGGUCCUCUGCAAGACGACAUAACUCAAAACUAAAAAAAAAACUUACUACUGUUAAGCGGCACAUGUCUCUAAUCCUCGUCUAAUCCUUCCUAGAUAUUUAUAAA